AUGGUAUCCAACCUGUUUGGAACUGAUAUAAAUAUUUUAGAAAAUAACUUGACGCAAAUAUUCCGAGACUCAGAAGAAUGGUUAACACUUGAAUACCUUUUGCAAAUGAAUGUAAGGACAUCGAGGGUUCGACUAGUUCAGGCAUGGCACGUCUCACCUGCACAUAUGAUUAACAAAUUUCAAAAAAGAAAUUCAAAUAAGUUCGUUUUGAAAUCUUUUAUUGAUGUGGCAUCUUUAGAUAUGGACAAUUCCAUUCAGCAUGUUUGCACUCGAGGAUUUUCUCUCAACCGAAGGGGUCUCCGUCUCUCUGUUGGAAAUUUCAACAUCCCCGGAUUUCCCCUGACCACGCUCGGUACUGAACGUGCAUUGGUAGAAUCAAACCAACUGCCAAACGAGCAGAGUGCAAGAAAUAAAGCAAAGAAGACAUUGAAGAACAUGAUGAAACAUAGUGAAACUGUGUUAUUAACAGGAGAGAGAAGUAUAUUUGAAUUUUUCUUGUGCGACGUAGGUGUGGGUUUAUCACUUUCAGUGAAUGAAAAAGAAGCUGAAAUGUAUAAUAGAGAUACUGUACCAUUAGAGUACGACAGUAUUUUCAUAAAUAAAGAAAAAACAAAUUCACUCGAUCAUUCUUUAACAGUUCAUUAUAACAGCAAAGAUGAAUCCCAAUGUGGCAUCCGAAGGAAUGAUAUGUCUAAUGAAGGAGAUGGAGAUAACAACAAAAUAAGUAUAGUAUUAGGAGGGAAUACAAUGGCAUCAUGUGGUGUUCUUCCAUAUUACACAUUUCAUCAUGAAUAUAUAAUUUUUGAUAAUUCACAAUUGUUACCUCGUUAUUUAAUACAGUUUGAAUGUGACCCAAACGGUGAAGAACAUUUCUCCCUGCCUCUAUGUGACUAUUGUGGGAAUGCUCCAUCUGUAUUUUAUUGCGAAUCAGAUGAAGUAAAAUUAUGUGGAAAAUGUGAUGAAAUAUUACAUUCUCAAAAUAAGCUAGUUAAAAAACAUAUUCGAAAAACAUUAAACGAAGAUCAAACCACUUCAGGGAAAUGUAAAACACACUUACAAAAUUAUGUGAAUAUGUUUUGCACAAUUUGUCACAUUCCUAUAUGUAAUUUAUGCGUAUCCAACCAUUUGCACACAGAUUUGAAUAGUGAUAAUUUCUUCUCCUUAAAUAACAACAACGAUACAAUAAUUUCAUUAAAUUUGGCAUAUAAAGCAAUUAUAAAACAUAGUGCUACACCAUCAAAACUAGUUAAAGAAAGAACAAAAAGUUUAAAUGACAUGCUAAAAAAAAUAGAUAAGUUACAUGAACAGGUCAGGUUAAAUAUAAACGACGCAGAAAAAAAUGUCUAUACCAUACUUGAAGAGUUAGUGAAACAAUUACAUACAAUAACUGAUAAAAAAAUGUCUGCUGUUUUGAGUGAAGAAUAUGAAUUGAAGCGACAAUUUAAUGAAAUUGCAUGGAACGAAAACUUCUUAUUUUAUUUACAAACCAUACUUCCUCCAGCAGAUUUUAUGAACGCUUGGCUCAAACAUUGCUUGUUCAGGGAAGAAAUUGAAAAAAAUUCAGCCCACGCAGAAAAAAUGAACACGCUUGUAUUUCCUGACAUGUGCAUUCGGGGGAAUAUAAACCUUGUUACGGAGAAUUCAACGCAGCAAGCACUGGUGUGUCACUCGGUUGGUAAGACCUCGGACGAGACACAUUCGGGAGAGACGUAUUCGGGAGAGACACAUUCGGGAGAGACAUAUUCAGACGUGAAACAUGCAAACCAACUGUCAUGA